CUGGCUGUGUUGGUUCGUAAAACCAAGUGAUGUCAGCGAGUGGGAUAAGGGGCGGAUCUGGCGUGCCCAUGAACGAAACUCUUCAGCGUGUCUGAAAGAAUGCAACAUGGAUGAUGAAGUUUCCCAAAGUUGUGAUUAAGUAGCGGACAGUGGGGAAAUGGACAGAAGAAUAGAAGGAAAGCUUAGGAUCAGCCAGAAAGAGAAAGUGUCCAGUAAUAACACUACACAGUCGCCAUUGAAGACGGGUGUCGUGAUCCAGGACGACUCCCCACACGCUGCGCCCCCGCCCCAGAUCCGCAUUCUGAAGCGGCCCUCCAGUAACGGGUCGUUAGGGUCGCCCCAGGGCCAGAACCGGCCCGUGCCACAGGUCAAGUCCCUGGCCCAGCGGGAAGCGGAGUACGCUGAGGCCAGGAAGAGAAUACUGGGCAGUGCCAGCUCUGAAGAGUCGCCUCAGGAAAAGCCCAACACAGACCGACCAGGGCGUACAAAUUCUACCACACCUCCAGAGGACCGGUCAAACAAUCAUGCUGUCCGCCAACCAGCAGGCCCCGACGGCACUCAAGGCUUCUGCCAAAACAGAUAAGUGGAAGAGGGGCAAUCCUGCUAUCGGGAGAAAUGGAGAGGAAGAUGAAAUGUCUGGGCUCCAGGGGGUAUCACAGGGUUUUAAAACCAUUUCCUUCUAUUCCAUGGUAUGGGAUCAGCUGUGAAUCGGAAUGCAAAUGUCCUCCCCUCUCAUGGCUCCCACUGGUAAUGUGUGGGAUGGAUUAGAGGCUCUGUAGGAAGCAUGCUUUCUCCCCCUCUCCAUCCCACCCCCACUGUUUAACACUGUGAUAAAGGACAUCUUCUGCCUAUUGUGAUGAUCCCUUUAAGUACCCCACCCUACACCCACGUUGUCCAAGGAGUCCUCUCCUUCUCUCGUCAUGGGAAACCUAUGGGGCUAUUGCUUCUGUGGCUAAUUUGGUCAUCAGCCAUGGACACUUCCAUAUGGAAAUACUGAGAGCAGAGGAUGCUUAACAGAAGAGUAGUGACCGAAGCAAAGCAAAAUGAGGGAUGGUAGUACAGUGCCUUCAAAAGUAUUCAUACCACCUGACUUAUUCCACAUUUUGUAUUAAAUGUAAUUUUUUUUCUCAUCUGUCUACACAUGAUACCCAAUAAUGACAAAGUGAAAACAUGUCAUUUCAUAAGUAUUGAAUGAAAUAUCUAAUUUACAUCAGUAUUCACACCCCUGAGUCAAUACUUUGUGGAAGUACCUUUGGCAGCGAUUACAGCUGUGUCUUUUUGCGUAAGUCUCUAAAAGCUUUCCGCACCUGGGUUGUGCAACAUUUGCCCAUUUAAUUAUUUUCCAAUUCUUCAAGCUCUGUCAUUGCUAGACAACCAUUUUCAGGUCUUGUCAUAGAUUUUCAAGUAGACUUCAAUUGUAACUUGGCCACUCAGGGGCAUUCACUGUCUUCUUGGUAAGCAACUCCAGUGUAGAUUUGGCCUUAUAUUUUAGGUUAUUGUCCUGCUGAAAGGUGAAUUAAUCUGUGUCUGGUGGAAAGCAGACAACCAGGUUUUCCUCUGGGAUUUUGCCUGUACUUAGCUCCAUUCCAUACAUUUUUUGUUGUUGUUAUCCUAUAAAACUCCCCAGGUGUUAACCAUUACAAGCAUACCAUCGUAUGAUGCAGCCACCACUAUGCUUGAAAAUAUGGGGAAUGCUACUCAAUAAUGUAUUGGAUUUUUCCAAACAUAACUUUGUCCUGAAUAAAAAGUAUAAAUUGUUUUUAAAUAUUCUGUACAGGUUUCCUUUUCACUCUCAAUUAGGUUAGUAUUGUGGAGUAACUACAGUGUUGUUGAUCCAUCCUCAGUUUUCUCCUAUCACAGCCAUUAUACUCAGUAACUGUUUUAAAGUCACAAUUGGCAUCAUGGUGAAAUUCCUGCGUGGGUUCCUUCCUCUCUGGCAACUGAGUUUGGAAGGCUGUCAGUCUUUUUGUAGAGACUGGGUGUAUUGAUACACCAUCUGAAGUGUAAUUAACUUCACCAUACUCAAAGGGAUAUUCAAUGUCUGCUUUUUUUUUACCCAUCUACCAAUUGGUAGCAUUCUUUGCAAGGCAUUGGAAAACCUUGGUCUUUGGUUGAAUCUGUCUUCGAAAUUCACUGAUCAACUGCGGGGACCUCACAGAUAAUUGUAUGUGGGGUACAGAGAUGAGGUAGUCGUUCAAGUAUCAUGUUAUACACUUAUUGCACACAGUGAGUCCAUGCAACUUAUGUGAGUUGUUUAGCAAAUUUCUACUCCUGAACUUAUUUAGGCCUGCCUUAAAGGGGUUGAAUACUUAUUGACUGACUCAACAUUUCAGCUUUUCAUUAUUACGUAACAUAAUUCCUAUUUGACAUUAUGGGGUAUUGUCUGUGUGUAGGCCAGUGGCAAAUCUAAAUUUUAAAUGUAGCUUCUAACACAACAAUGUGGGGGAAAGUCGAGGGGUGUGAAUACUUUUUGAAGGCACUAUACCUGUUACCAGCUUCACCCAGCAAUAAUUCUAGAGAUACCAUUCAAUUCCCCCUUACUCCACAGCCCUCAUCUCAUGUUUUUUGUUGUCAAUAUUCCACUUAUAUUUUGAUUAUUGAUGAUCAAAUCUGUACAUUGCCAUUAGUUUUCAAUGGAGGGUGAUGUGUGGAAGUUGAGUUCUGAUAACUUCUGUUUACGGUUGUCUUUUUAAAAAUUUCGCUUGGGAUGGGAAAUAAAUGUACUGCUGUACCCUUUACUGCCCCUCCAUAUCUACUGUCAACUGUAUGUUCAUUUCUUUUAAUGUACUUCACUGAAGUAGUAACUCAGGUGCUGAUGAGAGACAGUCUUUGACAUUUCAAUCUUAGGGAGGGAUUGAGUGCAAAAAAAGGUGAUGUUCAUAAUAAUACCUGAGUUAGCACCUACUUUCAAAACUGAUAAUGUUGCACCGAUGUGUUCAACAAAUGUAUGUUUGGAAUGAAAGGAAUCUGAGUCAGUCCAAGUCUGCCAGGUGGUUAGCCUAUGGCCCCUUCAGUAUGCCAUGGUAUUUGAAUGGAGGAAUAUCACUACGCUACUCCAAAGAACCCAGUGGAGUCCAGGGCCCUCUAGCAGCCAUGUUACUGCUUCAGAUAGAAAUGUGCAAAAUGGACAUUGGUAGUCACUUAACUAUGAACCGUUCAUCUGGAGUGUUCGGUUACAUUGCUUCCCCACUGACUUAAGUUUUCACCUGAUGUCAUAUUAGUGAGGAGGUUUUGGUUGUGUAAACUGAAUAUGCUAAAGGUUAAACCCUGGAUACUGUAAGGGAUUCCUGAAAGUCUGUCUGCACCAACCCAACUAGCGGGGGGAGGCAGAGGAUCAACAUGGUUUGUGAAGCUCUGAGUGAGAACACAAAAAGGCCUGUAAAUAUUGAUUGAAUAAAAAUGAUUUGUAAAAUAA